AUGGUGCUUAAUAGAAUCGGAUCCGGUGUAUUUACAGAAUUAAUUCGUGCUUUUAAUGUACACGGGACUCAAGUCGAAGAAGUUUGGAGCCUAGACGAGCAAGCAUUAGAAGAUCUAAAACCAAUUUAUGGUUUGAUUUUUCUUUUUAAGUGGCAAGGCGGUAAUGACAGUUCUAGGUUACAUCCAGACGCGGAUCUAAGUAUCGAUGAGAAUGUAUACUUCGCAAAACAAGUUAUCCAUAAUGCAUGUGCUACUCAAGCAAUUUUAUCUAUUUUAUUGAAUUGUCCUAUGAUUAAUUUAGGAGCUGAUUUAGAAUCAUUUAAAGAUUUCACUAAAGACUUUGAUCCGGAUAACAAAGGAUUAGCGAUGUCCAAUAGCGAGCUUAUUCGCGGUGUUCAUAAUAGUUUUGCUCGUUCUGAUCCGUUCAUGAUGGAUUCAUCCGGUUCAUCCUCUUCUGAGAAGGAAGAUAUUUUUCAUUUUAUCUCAUAUGUUCCUAUUCAAGGAGCUUUAUACGAGUUAGAUGGGUUAAGUGCUGGCCCAGUUAAUUUGGGUCCAUGUACAGAAGAUAAUUGGCUUGAAAAGGUUCGCCCCGUUAUAGAAGAAAGGAUGGCGCGUUAUACAUCCUCGGAAAUUCGAUUUAAUUUGUUAGCACUCAUUAAAAAUCGCGACGAAGUGUAUCGAACCCGAAUUGAUGAAAUUGAAGGACGACUCCGUCAUGCAAAUGAUACCAAUUCUCUGGAAUUUAUGCAAUUAGAAAGGGAUGAUUUAUUACGCAAAAUUGAAUUUGAAAAAAUUAAAUUUAAAAAAUAUGAGGCAAUACCUUCUCUUUAUAGACAUGAAAUAGGGUUAUUACCAUAUCAAAGUACACAACCGAAUGAUGAGUUUUAUCCAUUUCUUUUCAUUGAGUCAAAUCUCGGAAUACCUUUAGAAUAUGUCGAUAAAAUAUAUAAAUAUGCUCAUGACAUAUUUAUGAAUGCUCGAGGUGAUAUUGCUGAGACCAAAGAUACCGUUAAUUUAUUAAAAGAGUCAACCAGAUGUAUGUUGCUUAUAAAUGCUGAUUGUUAUUCUGCUCUUAAUACGAGGUAUAUUUCAAGGGACUUGUUACUUCUGUUUCAUUCUUUCACUUGUAAUCACCUUGAUCCAAUAAAUGAAUUGAAAUUUAUAGAUUUAUUAUUCACUUUUCCUAAACAUACUAAACAUUCAACGAUUUGGUUUCACAGAAAAUGGUUAGUUUUAAUGAUUCAUCAACAAUUUUCUUUUGAUGAUCAUAUCUCAUCAUGGCAACAUGAGAUCUUUAUAUCUCGUCGUGUGGCAGAAUUAUAUCCAAAAAAUUAUUACGCUUGGACGUAUAGGCACUGGAUUUUACAAAAUAUAUCAAACAACUCGUUACAAUCUAAAUCAUUUUUUGAUGAAGAAUUAAAAAUUAUGAAAAGUUGGGUACAAAAAAAUAUAUCUGAUUAUUCCGGAUUUCAACAUUUACAAAGGUGUUUAAUUAGGUUAAGCAAAUAUUAUGAUAAUUCUUUUGGUGAUCUUCAUGGUAUAUCAAGGAAAGAUAUAUUGGAAAGGGUUAAUCUUCAGUUACAGAAUCAAGGUUUAAAGAAUAAUAAUAAUUUAGUUGUAAUUCUUUGGUAUAGGGAAAUCCAAUUUACAAAAGAUCUUAUUUUAAGAUACCCUGGUCAUGAAUCAUUAUGGUACCAUUUAAGAUUUUUAUCAUUUGGUUGGAUCUGGUUGAAAUUAUCAGGAUAUUUGAAUAAUUCAAUAAAAAUUAAGUGUGUUGAUGAUAAGGAAACAAUAGAUCAACAAAAUUACAAUCCUAUUGUAAAAGAAUGGCCAGAUUUAGAAAAAGAGUUGGAGUUCUCGCGUCAUUGUAUUCGUCAAGUUGAUUUAAUAAUAAAUCAAGAUGAUAAUGAAAGGCUUGAAUUAAUGGUUAUUCAAAAACAAAAUGCGUUGGCUUUUGAAUUAUGGAUUUCCGAAUUGAACGGCAGGACAAGAAAUGAUAUUGAUGUUAAAGAAUUGAUUGUAAAAUUGGCCAACAUUUCUAUCAAUUCAAAUUAUUAUAUUGUACAAAACAAAUGA